AAUGAGUAGCAGUGGUCAUCAAGGAGUAUUCUCAGAGAAAGUUUAUUAUAGAGGGAAAAUGUCGUGUUGAGGAGGAACAGUUUUAAGAGUAGCAAUUGAGAAUUUGUUAGUCGUUGUCCAACUUGCUGUGUGACGAGGAACUCUGGUGAUGAUGGAGACUAGUUGUCUGGCCCUAAAGGAUCUAAGUGCACGAAACGCCAGAAUAAACUUUGACGACGAGCCCGGCAGAAAUGACCAGAAGGAGAAUGUAUGUAUUGAGCGAAGAAAAUUGACCCCACACAAAAGCGACGCUUCAUCUUCAACUGUGAACAGCAAACGAGGUUCACAACCACCACUAGCACAACCGCAUUCUGAGUUCAUCCACAUCACCCCCAUCAAGCACUCAGAGAGGGCCCACCCGGGAGAGCCCUGGACCCCCACGGCCAACCUGAAGAUGCUGGUCAACGCGGCCAGUCCGGACAUGAGGGACCGGGAGAUCAGGAAGACCCUCUUCAGGCCCAUGGAGAAUGACGAGGAGAAGCUGGUGGAUCUGGAGGAGGAAGAGGACAUUGAACUGGACGAGUCCUGUCAGUUUGACGUUGCGGAGGAGUGUGGCGAUGACUUUGAGAAGCGGCCCAGCCGGAAGCAGAAGAGCCUGGGCCUGCUGUGCCAGAAGUUCCUGGCCCUCUACCCUGACUACCCAGUAUCCCCCGAGACCAUCAACAUCUCCCUCGACGAGGUGGCAAGCAGCCUGGGCGUGGAGCGCCGGCGCAUCUACGACAUCGUGAACGUGCUGGAGUCCCUGAUGCUGGUGAGCCGCAUGGCCAAGAACCAGUACGUGUGGCACGGCCGCCCGCGCCUCUGCCAGACCCUUCAGGAGCUCCACCAGCAGGGACGCCAGCAGCGGUACCACCUGCACAUGGAGCACACCGCCGCUGGCACCACGAUGGCAUCUACUGGCACGGGAAACGGAGAAGCAAGCGGGGGAGAGGAGAAAAACGCGUCGGCAGGCAGGAGGAAGGACAAGUCCCUGCGCAUCAUGAGCCAGAAGUUUGUCAUGCUCUUCCUGGUGUCCAAGACGCUGACGGUGACCCUGGAGACGGCUGCUAAGAUACUCAUCGAGGAGAGCCAGGACACCGCCAACCACAGCAAGUACAAAACCAAGGUGCGACGUCUGUAUGACAUAGCCAACGUGCUGACCAGCCUGUCCCUCAUCAAGAAGGUGCAUGUGAGGGAGGAGAAGGGUAGGAAACCGGCCUUCAAGUGGAUCGGACCCGCUGACUUCCACACCGCCGAUGAGGAGUCGAUAGCGGUGAGCGGUAUCCCCCUGCCGCCAGCGGACCCCGUGGAGGUCCUCCUCACGUCACCAGCAGCAGCAGCAGCAGCAGCAGCGUCCCCCGCGGUGGGCAUCAGGAGGGAGAGGUUUGGCCGCCACGCCUCCUUCCAGGUGGUGCCCACCUCCACUGCCAACCCCGCCAGGCUCACAUGCUCCGCACCCACUACGCCAAGCAGAGAUCACGCAGGUCAUGGGGUUGAGGCUCUGGACUUCUCUACUAGGAGAACGGGACACAGCGUUGCGGUGUGUCGCCUUCAGUUUGGAGAUGGCCCUGGUUUGCAGACCUCUGUCAACCAGACCCCCACCACUCAACUGCGCUCCCCAGGUCUCACCCCUCUGGCGGUCCCCAUCCCUCACACCGAAGGGGCCUACGCCAUCCCUGCACCCCACCCCUUCCAUCACCCCCAGGCCCAGGCCCAUCCACACCCCCAGGUGGCCUACCUGCCCGGCCUCACCCAGCCCUCCUUCUUCAUGCUCUACGGAGCCCCCCCGCCCACCGGGUCAGCUCAGGGUCAAAGUCCACUCAGGGUUCAAGGGUCGCCCAGAGGUCACCAAGGGACACAGAGAGCAGCGGAGGCUGGAGAGAAGAGGAGGAGGAAGAGCGUUGAAGAGGAGGAGGAGGAGAGGAGUCCACUGAGGAAGCGGGAGAGGCCAGACGUGGAGCAUUCCCCAGGACAGGCCACAGCGGAGGGAACUUGGCAGAGCCCCAGAGCCUCCCCCCAGAGGGAGCGUGUCGGCGUGCCCAGCGGCGAGGCCCUCUGCAGAGAGGAGGGGGAGAGACGCAGCCCCCCUGCUGCUGCUGCUGCUGCUGCUGCGGCUCCACCGCCUGCAUCGCACUACCUCUACGUCCCCCACUCAGCUGCAGGCCUGAACUUCCUCCUGUCUGGCCACUCUCCUGGAGGAGCUGUAACGUUGUCCCCUGGUGGAGGUGUCACCCUCUCCACAGGGGCAUCCGCCACCACAGUCCCCUCCUUGGCCGUACCCUACGUCCUCGUGCCCUCCUCCGCCCUCUCCUCCUACCCCACCGCCACAGCCCUCCUCACGGGUCCCACCAUGGGCUUCAACCUCCCCACCAUGUUCUCCCCGGCUAACUUCGCCGUGGUUAGCCCAGGAGCGUUCACUGUGGCUGGGCCUGCUGAGCUGGUGGGGUCCCCCUCCUCUUCGACGCCGAUGUCUGUUGGUGCCCAGGAGUAUCCGCAGGUGCACGGGCUGACUGUCCCCGCGUCCCCUGCCACCGCACAGAGGCAGCACGACGGGCCACCCUUCUCUGAUCCUCACACCCCUUGCACCCCUAAGGAGGCUGUGUUGCCUGGCUCUAAGGCCUUCUUCCAGACUCCAGGCACGCUGGGAGGGCCAAAAACAACCCCAGUCACCACUGACACCCGUAAGCGUGGGUCUGCCCAGAGGAGACUGGACAUUAGCCAUACUGUGGUCAACUGAAAAGAAUAC